AUGGAGUAUAAUGAGAACCUCCCCAAAGGCUUAGGCAGACGCCCUGUCUACUGCUGGGGCCAUAAAGCGAUCCCUAAACAAACUGGCAUCGUGACCUAUGCACUAUCACCGAACCGCCAACGACCCCUUGCGAAUGCAUUCUACAACGCCUUUUUCAACACUUUCCGUCGGUCGCGAGCACAGUUCUGGUAUGUGGUUCCGCCAUUUGUGGCUGCUUGGUGGUUGUUGGAAUGGGCAGAGCACGAGGCUCAUUUUGCAAGCUCCAAGGAAGGGAGAAGACAGGCGCAAGAACGUGCUGGUGAAAGCACGUGA